AUGACAAAACUUAUCGAUGAUAUUCUUCUAUUGAUCUUAACUGAAUUGCGGUUUGACUCCGCUUCGUUAUAUUCAUGCAUUUUAGUGAACAGAACUUGGUGUUGUUUGGCAAUACCAAUUUUAUGGAAAUAUUUUUUUUAUUCUUAUAAUCCUUAUGUUCAUAAAAUAGAAUCACGUAAAAAACUAUAUAAUAUAAUUUUCCAUUUUCUUCCAAAAGAUAAGUUGUCUGAAUUAAAUAUUAAUUUACCUUCAAAUCCAAUUUCAAAUAAAUUAUUAUUUAAUUAUAUGGAUUUUUUUACCUAUCUUUCACCGAUUUGGAUUGAAGAUAUGGUACAACUUUCGAUUAAGACGGAUUCUCUUUCUGUUCACGAAGAAAAUGUAUUUGAAUUUGAAAUAUAUCAAUUUAUUUUUAGCAAAUGUAAAAAUAUAAAGUAUUUCGAUUGGAUUAAAAAUAAAAGUUUGUUUUUAUUUUGUCCAAAUGUAAAAGAAUUUUUUUCCGGCAUACGUCAAUUGAAAAUAAAUGUAGAAUAUAUGAUUCCAGAACUUUUAGCCAUUAUAGAUUGUCAAAAUAUAGCAGACCUUGAAGUAAUAAAUAGUAAGGAUAAUGAUGAUUUAAUUUCAUUUAUUAGAAUGAAAAAUAAUCUACCACUUUUGUGUGAACAAUUAAGUGAUAUGAUUGGUAGUAAUGCUAUCACGCUAAAAAAAAUCAUUUUGAGAUUAACCAUCACAUUAAUUUCACCCAGUUUUUUUCCAUCAUUAACGAACUUACAAUAUUUAAUCUUAUAUAAUGAUGAUGAUGGUGAAUUUUAUAAUAGUAUAAUAUGGCAAGAAUGGGAGCUCUAUUUAAGAACGUCCUUUUUUCCAAAUUUACAAUAUUUAGAAACUUCAUACUUGCCAUGUAAUAUUGAAUACUUAAUAAUCGAAAGAUCUGGUGGCAAAAUUUCAGAAAUUAAUAUACGUCAUACACUUGAGUCUCGAGAUUAUUUAAUCGAAAAUGAAACAUUAAUUAACAUUAUAUCUAUGUAUUGUUCAAAAAUAAUAAGAUUAACUAUGGUCAUUAAUCCUAAUAAUUUGAAUUUAGUUGGUAAUAUUUUUUCAAAUUGUGUACAUUUGAAAAAAAUUUAUUAUACAAAAGAAAAUAAUAAUAUGUCCGAUACUAAAGAUGUACUUAAUAGUAAGGAUUAUGAACAAUAUGUAAAUUGA